GGAGAGGGUGACUACACGGUUCGAUGAAGCAUUCAAGAGGGUACACGGGCGCGGAUGCAUCCACGCGCAUGACGCCUCACCAUCGUCCGCCCUGGUUGCUCUCCCGUCCCUUACAUCCAUGGUCCCCACGCUUGCUUUUGCCGCUAGCACAUGGCCGAUGUGGCGUCUGCGGCCCGCCUCUAUUUCGACCUCACUCGGUGCGUGUUGGAUAUGACUUGGUCUGACGUAGUUUUGUCUGGUUGCUGUUUGUUCCGCUUCGUCGACGUGCUGCCUCGCUUGUCUAUCUCCAUCUCGCUCACGUUUGGACGCGCGUCGUCACAGAACAUGACAUGCUCAACCAGCAGGGUCCUACCUAUAUGCACCGUAAUACACAUGUCGCCAGGCUUCACGACCCAUAUAUGUCACUCUACUGUACGCCAGUGCACCUAUCGAGUUUGGAACUGGCACCGAAAAGACCAUGUUAGAAUCAAGGCGAGUAACAAGCAGGCGUUUCCAUCAAGUUUGCCUCACAACAGCACAUACAACAACCAUAAUGAAUAUCUGCAUGCACCCUCAAACCGUCAACUCGCUGCACGCAAUCUCAUAUCCCCUCUAUCUCACACUCAUCAAGAGUUUCCCUUCGAUCCCUCAAUGCGCAUGAACAUCCAUCUCACAGUCCCUAUAUACAUAUUCAACUCAUGACUCAAUUCCCCCAAAGACCAAAGACAUUGUACCAUGGCCCAAACAAUGCGAGCAAUCGCUGUUAUAUAUUAUAUCACACAACCAAAUCCAACCCCCCUCUUUCACGCUGGAUUCUAUUCUCCACAACGUUCUCCUGACCUCUUUCGUGUCAUGGCACGGGCCUUA